AGAACAAGCCUUAAACUUGUUCCUGCCUUGGGAUGCUCUUCCUCCAGACAGAAAUAUACAUUGCCUGACUUGCCUUAUGAUUUCGGUGCACUGCAGCCUCAUAUCAGUGCUGAGAUUAUGCAGCUCCAUCACAAUAAACAUCAUGCUGCCUACGUCAACAACCUAAAUAUUGCAGAGGAGAAAUAUGCCGAGGCUCUGGCUAAAGGAGAUGUUACUACUCAAAUUUCCCUCCAGCCUGCUCUUAAAUUUAAUGGGGGAGGCCAUAUAAAUCACUCAAUUUUCUGGACAAACCUGUCUCCCAAUGGUGGAGGAGAACCCCAAGGUGAACUUUUGGAAGCAAUAAAACGCGAUUUUGGUUCUUUCGAGAAGUUGAAAGAUAAACUUACAACAAUGUCAGUGGCAGUUCAGGGUUCUGGAUGGGGCUGGCUUGGUUACAACAAAGAAUCUAGCCGCUUACAAGUUGCCGCCUGUGCAAACCAGGAUCCCCUGCAAGGAACAACAGGUCUUAUUCCUCUUGUGGGCAUUGAUGUAUGGGAGCAUGCGUACUAUCUUCAGUAUAAAAAUGUUAGGCCAGACUACCUGAAAGCCAUCUGGAAUGUCAUCAACUGGCAGAAUGUAUCUGAAAGAUAUCAGGCUUGUAAAAAAUAA